CAGAAAGCCCAAAAGUCCCAACUUCUGCAGAGGUGACCAGAGUUUGCCCUGUGAUCAGACCUAUGCUGUGGAGGAAGGAAACUGUCCUGUGCACACCUCUGGAUGAUGUGUGUGAAACACUGCAUUUCUUGGACAGUCCAUUGAGUCCAUUUUCCCUGCCAGAAGCCUCGGAGACAUCAGGUGUGAACUGCUUGCCCACAAUCCAUCACCUGACCAGACAAAGAGAUGUGUCCAUGUGGUCACUCAUGAGAGGACAGACAUGGACACAGCACUACUGCACGUGGCCUUUGGGAACAGACAGCUUGGUGACAGCUUGGGGAGCUGGAAACCUGUUUGAUAUGACUGAAAAGACAAGUGUUCAUGCAUAAAAUAGCAGGGUGAAGGAAAGUGGGCAGUCCUAAAGAGAACCCCUCCACCCCCCAAAAGAGGAAAGCACUACAUAAAGGAUUGCAAGGUGUUUUUUCUGUGCUGUACCUAAAGGACUGUCACAGCUGCUCUUCCCUGCUAUUGCCAUCUUUUUUUUUUCUAAUGGAGCUGAUCCUGACUUAAUUUCAAAGCCUUUUUUGUACAGACAUCAUAUUUUCUGAACUUUAAAUGCCUACCUGCCUCCUGACAUUGCAAAAGGAAAGUGUACACGUUGAAAACCUAGUUAUGUCAGAGAGAAAUUUUUAACUGCACUCUCCAGGUUCCAGUGCCAUCAUUUUCACUGCAGCAGUGGAGAUUAAACAGAUAUCAGACAGAAAUAUUUCCUCUCAGCAAAAGAAGGUGCCUGCAACUUCUAUAGCUGUGACCCCUCAAGAAAUCCUGCCAUAAAUGAACAACUCAUCAUGUCUUCAGCCAUCUCCAGCUACCACCGUAGCUCUCCCCAUCCUCUACUCCUGCCUGUUUCCCGCUGGAAUUUUUGGGAACCUUCUGAGUGCCUGGAUAUUUUCACGGAAAGCGCCCAUCCGAAGGACUCAGUACAUUUACCUGGCCAACCUGGUGACUGCAAAUCUGCUGGUUUGCAGCACCAUGCCCUUCCUGGCCGCCUACUUCGCGGAGGGGCACCGCUGGCCCUACGAGUCGGCGGCGUGCAGGGUCGCCCAUCACCUGGGGACGCUGGUGAUUCACGUCAGCAUGUACGUGACCAUCACCAUCCUGUGCUCCACUGCCCUCAGCCAGUAUGCCACCCUGAAGAAGAACUGUGGCCCACAAGACUCCCCAGCUCUGCCAGGAACCCUCCACGGGCGCCUGCUGCACGAGUUCCGACGGCCAAAGUUCGCUAAAUAUUUGUGCCUUGUUAUCUGGCUGAUUGUGCUCUGCAUUACAGUCACAGCCAUCACCUACAACGUCCAGGAGAGGGUUUCAGGAGAGUUUCCCACGUGCUACAACAUCAAGGUAGAAGCUGGUGAACGUCCUGCAAUGAUUGCAGCUUAUCUUGCCACUGUGUGCUUCUUUCUGGCUUUUAUGACCGUUUUGUGGUCGUACUAUUCUCUUACCAGACAUCUGAGCAGAAUACAAAAAAACACCUGUAUUGGAGAAAAACAUCUUAUUUACAGAACAGUGAAAAGAAACAUUCUUAUCAUCCAGAUGAUAUUAACUGUCUGUUUUCUUCCAUACCAUAUUUUUAGGCCAAUUUUCUAUGUAUUGCUUACAGAAUACGACUGUCCAAGGUUAAAUUAUCUAGUAGAAAUUAAAAAUGUUCUUACUUGUCUAGCUGCUACUAAAAGCAGUUUAGAUCCAGUUAUAACCCUUCUGUUAGAUAAAACAUUUAAGAAAAGUCUUUAUGGCCUGUUUACAAAAUCCACACCAGAACAUCAAAAACGUAAUGAUGAUAUUUUCACUUAAAUGGGAAGGAAUACGGAAAGAUUUUCUCAUAGACUACAAAUAAUAAUAAACUAAUUUUAACUACCUUUAGGCAGGCUUUGAUAUAAAAUGACAAAUAUUUAAAUAAAAUGGUAACAUAUUGUAUUUCUUUCCAAAUCAUCUUGCUUGUUGCAUCAAUAUUGGCCCUAAUAAAUCCAAUGUGUAUUUCCAGAUGAAUCCAAGGAGUUUGUAGAGUGAACAGUGUAAUACCCACUCAUCCAUGUAAUACAAAAGAUGUUUUACAUUUGACCUAUGGACAGUUCCUUUUACCUAAAAUGUCAAGGAAGAAGGCAAAAACUAGGCUGAAGUUGAGGACCCAGCUCUCUCUUGUUAUCAGCAAGAGUUUUGGACACAGGUUUCCUUUACAAGAAGGUUGAACAAAGCACAGACACUUUCCUUGGGAUGGGUGAACCACAACUGUGCUACACAUCCAACAGCCAAGUAACCACAGCAAGGCAGAACUGAUCAGUCAAAGCUUUCCAGAUGGCAAAGUGCUGCUGACAGGACUGGUUUUAGAUCAUCAGCUCCAAGUCUGGGUGAGCAGAGCUGUUCACUACCAAAGUGCUCUUCUGAUUUGCACAGACACAAACUCAAACCCCACCACUUCUGUCCUUCCUGAAGCACACUUUAUAGGGAAUGUAGCUGCGGUUAUCUCAGCAAAAUGCUGAGAAUGUAGCUGCAGUUAUCUCAGCAAAAUGCCUGCCUGGGCUUGUUUCUCUUAACACAGUUUUUGAGGGCAGCAUAGGCUGAAGACAUUUCUCCUACAUUUUUCUAGUCACAACCACUUGUUCCCCAGUGCUUAUCAUCAAAAAGGCAAGAAAAUGAAUGAAACUUUGGGAACUACUAAUCAAAUAUAACUUUGUAAUAGACUCUUAGCAAGAUCCCACUCCAACACUUCUACAUAGCACCAAAAAAUUACAUAUGCCUGACUUUUUCCCCCAUAUAAUCUGCCCAAGAUGAUGUCCUUUAAAGUUCCUAACUGCAUCAAAGUUUUUCUUGCUUCAAAUAGUGGAAAAGCUUUUGUGCAGUACAGGCAAUUUGAGAAACUACAAACUGAGUCCUGCAUUGGUCUAGCAUUUGACAGAAGAGUUCAUGGAGGAAAAUCCCCCAAAGCUUAAAGGCAUGAGGGAUGAGGAGAGUUAGAAAAACAUUACAGCAAAACAGAGCUCAUGUGGAAAACUUCUUGCAUUGCUUGUGCCAAAAUCAGAAGGUAGCAGGUGACAUGUGAAUUGUUUAAUAAAAACAAUAAAACAACUCAUUUCUAUUGCAGUGAACACAAAAUCAUAAGGCAAACAGGCACAGCAGCUGGUUUGCAAAGCAGUUUAGAGACCACAAGAGUCUGUCAAAUUUUUGGUUAAGCCAUUCAAAUGUGCUGCAUGGGAAGCCAGCUCAUCGAUCAGAAGACAUGAGUUUUCUGACUGUGUGAACAAAUGACUGAAACAUAUAAACUUAUUGACCAUAAAGUUUGUAAAUGUUCAACUCCAGGUAGGCCAAGCAGAAUACAUACACUUUUCUCAGCAAAACUGCUUCUGAACAUACUAACAGGUCAACAGGAAAAGGGCUGGACAAAACAAGCAUGGGGACCUUGAGAUAGGAAGCAGGGGCA